AUGGAACACAAAUUCAACAACAAAAGGUCCAUGUCUCAAACCAUGGACCAAGAAGAUAUCAAGGAAGCAAUCUUGAAUGUUGAGCAACAAGAGGACAUCGAAGAGAUUGCCGAAGAGUUUGACAUUGACAACAUUGCUGAACACGCUAAAGAGAUUGAGCCCGAGACAAUGGAAGAGUUGCAAAGAAAGAAUAGGGCAUUACUUAUGAUUGAGGAGUUUUUGCAGAAUGAGAAUGCUGAGUUGAAGAAGAGUUUCAAAGAAAUGGAGAAGGAAAACAAAGCAUUGAAGAAUGUGUUGAAGAAUGAUUUCCAAUCCAACUUCAAAUACAUUAGAAAGGAUUAUUAG